AUGGACUCUCAAACUGAAGACUCUCAGUUCAAUCAUGAAGACAGUAUAUCAACUCAACUGAUUGCACCUCACUUCAACUUCGUCUAUAAUGCCGAAGAGGACAGCAUGCUCGAUCACAGCUUCACCGGGCAUGAAAGUAGCUGCAGUUUCCCCGGUUACCAAGGCACACAUACACAUGUACGAGAAGUUCCUCGAAUCCCACCUUACCUGAUAACAAUCAUGCGAAGACACAUCACUUGUUCGCGUUUUUUCUCACUAAUGGUUGCCAGAGCACUUCAAGAUGCUUCCUCUACAUUCUCCUCUGCACGAAAGACCAUUGCUUCCAUCCGCCAACACCUUCAACUUGAGCAAGAUUGCAAUCGCCGGGUAAAUCAAGCCAUUGGCAAUGCCUUAUCAAUCAUUCGAUCGGCAAAACGAUCGGUUCACCAGAUUAACGUGGACUAUGAGAGGAGUCGGAUUGCAAUGGAGAAUGAACCAACUCCCACCAUCAGCUUAUCUAUUAAACGGCGUGCCCUCACAAAAAUCAGCCCACUCAGCAUGGGUUCCACUACCAAAGAAGACUCUGAAGACGAGCUACUUGUCUGCCUCACAAAGCCUCAAAUCGACGAACUUGUUACUUCCUUGGCCUCAAACCACACUACAUCAAGCUCUCGGCUGACACAAAACACAGCUCAUUCCAGCAUUGAACGCAAAGUGCAACAUAAUGGAACAUAUGAAGAUAUCAAAACAAGACCUGGAUCAAGGCAGAAGUUAGUGGAAUGUGAAGUCGGGCUAAGUAUGACUAUAAAUCUUGAUUGGUUCGGCAUCACAGACAAUAGGCCCCAUUCAAGUGGGGCAAUCUACAUUUCAUUCAAUAACCUCCACAGAUCUGUCCGUUACCUCUGGCACAAUAUCCACCUCGCCAUGACAAUCCCUGGACCAAAAGAACCAAGCCUCGAACAACUCAACCACAUACUUGAUCCACUCGUUACCGACCUCCACACUCUCUACAAUGGCAUCAAAAUGCGGAUGCACGGUCAUCAGAUUCCACCUCAAGUUAAUAGUAUUGCAGCCAUUAAUGCCUCAGAUGUGCCAGCAUCACGCAAACUCACUGGUGCCGCAGGACAUAGCCACAAAAAACAUCCAUGUAAUGUUUGUGAUACCACCCUUGAAGACAUCAAUACACCCAAAGGAUAUGAUAUUAAGAACUUCAAAAUACGAGAUAAUUGGGCACAAUUGAAGCAUGCUCAUCAAUCCUUACUAGCUAGUACAGAACGAGCCCGAACAAAAGUGUUAGAUGACUACGGCUCACGUUAUUCACUCUUCAACAGUCUACCUGGGUGGUUACCAGUCAAAAACACGCCUAUAGAUUUUAUGCACAAUUUUUACGGUAUUGUACACUCAAUCUUUGAUGUGAUUGUGAAAGGAUAUCUCCUCAAUUCGGCUGGCUGGAGACAAUUUGAAGAUGCAAUCAAUUCUGUUAUAUGGCCCUCAGGUAUUGGUAGACUACCAAAUAAUCUUGGUGGGAAUCAUUCUCUGCAGAAAAUGUAUCAGUGGCGACGACUCUGCAAUAUUUUCCCCACUAUACUAUGGCUUUGCUGGAAGGAUGAUGAAGACAAGAUCAAACAAACACCCCCACCUGUACCCUCACAAACAAAAUCCCCACCAAAGUUCAAGUGUGGCCUACAAAUCAUUUACAAUGCGGCACUCUAUCUCUCUCUUGCUGGAUGUAUAUUUGCAUAUCAAUCUAUUUCAUCCACUGACAUUGAGCGUGGUCAACAUUAUCUCCAGAAGCACUGCAACACUCUUCAAGGCCUAGGAGUUCAUCUCACCAUCAAUCAUCAUCUUAGCAUGCACUAUGCUCCAAUUUUUAAGCGCUUUGGUCCAGCGUAUAGUUGGUGGCUCUUUGCAUUUGAACGAUAUAAUGGUGAGCUGGAGCAAAUGAACUUAAAUGGGCAUGGGGGUGGUGAGAUGGAGUAUACACUUUUACGUGAUUGGAUUGAGAAGAAUCGUCUCUACGAAAUGUCUGUUUGUCUCCCUGAUAAUAUUACAGAUAAAGAACGAUUUGCUUCAACAAGUCAGAUUCUACCUGCAAAGCCUGUGAAGAAAAUGAACAACAUUCGAAAGCUUCCUCACGUUGAGGUUUACAGGCUCCUGUUCAACUUUGCACAGAUUACCUUCCCUGAACUGUCCAUUGUGGACAACUUCACAGUGUGCGAUAACGCAAUCCCAUUCUCGGCAACCAAAUUUGUGGAUUUCUUACCAUUUAUCAUCAAGGAUGGUAUCCGUUUUGGCUGUCUGUGUGCUACUCGGACUCAAGCUGACCGUUUUGCUUGCGUCGAUAUUGAUGGCUCUCGUGUGCCCUGCCAACUAAUAUAUCAUUUCAAGGUUGCAUUGCCAGGUCUGCAAAUUGUUUAUUGGUCAAUUAUUCAGCAAAUAUCAGCAGACAAAUCAGUGCCUCUCUUGCCGUGGAGUCUUUAUUCUACAGAUCUGGGCAUGUAUGUUACAAAUGUGGAGAAGUUGGGCGAGCUUGAGGUAGUCAAAACCACGCAGAUUGCAUGUACGGUUGCAGUAAUUCCCGUUACACUGAAUCAUCUCAAUGGAUUAUCUCUAUGGGUCAUUCAUUCAUUUGAUCGGAGUGGUCUGGAGCCUCCUGACAAUGAUUGGAUUGACGAGGCUGAGCAAGAACUACAAGCGGAUCAAUAG